UUCUGGUUUCCGGAUCCUGCUCGCUCGCGCACUGAUAUUCAACCAUUCUGUUAUAGUUAUCACAAAGGACCGGAUACAGGAUUCAGAUACUUGUUUAGAUAUAAAUAGGCCUGCAUGUGUUUUCUUCUCGUCCGGACGUAUUAUUAAUGACCAGUGUUGCGGUUUGACCCGGGAACGUGUCCGUUCGGACUCUCCUCGGAAGGAAAAGCGACUCCAUGGUUACAGUAAAUGGAUCGUGAGGUUUCUUUCUCCCAGCGUGAGGCGGCAGUGAAUAAGUUGGGGUGCUCGGGGUUUGUGCUGUAGAGCGGAUAGAAAACCACUCGAGCGCUUUUUCAGGGCGAAAAUAACAGCAGCGUUUUUCCAUCCAUCCUUUCCGUGACUGUCCCGCUCCUGCUGUGCGUCUCACCAGCGCCUUUCUUUCUUUCCUUCCUUCUUCUUGUCUUUAUUUUGAUCCUUUUCACUCUACACCGCUUUAAAAAUGCAGCUCCGGACCGUUUUGGAUGUGAAAGUGGUGGACGUGGAGAAAAGACGGCACCCGUCCAAACACUACGUGUAUCUCAUCAAUGUUACGUACUCUGAUUCCACGUCCCACGUCAUCUACCGGAGAUACAGCAAAUUCUUCGACCUUCAGAUGCAGCUUCUCGACAAGUUCCCAAUCGAGGGAGGGCAGAAGGACCCCAAAAAGCGCAUCAUCCCUUUUCUUCCAGGUAAAAUCCUGUUUCGACGAAGUCAUGUAAGAGACGUGGCCAUGAAGAGACUGCGCUUUAUAGAUGACUAUUGCAGAGCGCUGGUGCGACUUCCUCCCCAGAUCUCCCAGAGCGAGGAAGUACUGCGCUUCUUCGAGACCAAGCCAGAUGACAUGAACCCUCCUGUAGAGGACUAUGGCACCAAGCGCAAAUCAGUUUGGAUGUAUGGCCUACAGGACAGUCCCACCAAGUCUGAGGCCUCAGGCCUGGACAGCAGUGAACCCAUGGUACUGGAGCAGUAUGUGGCGGUGGCCAACUACGAGCGGCAGGAGAAUUCUGAGAUCAGCCUGCGCGCCGGCGAGACGGUGGACGUAAUCGAGAAGAGCGAGAGCGGCUGGUGGUUCGUCAGUACUGCAGAAGAACAAGGCUGGGUUCCUGCUACAUAUUUGGAUGCUCAGACUGGCACUAGAGACGAUCUGGACCUGGGCACAUCUAGAUCAGGAGAGGUUACUAAGCGGCGCAAGGCCCAUCUGAAGCGACUGGACCGGAGGUGGACACUAGGGGGCAUAGUCAACCGCCAACAGAGUCGAGAGGAGAAGUACAUCACUGUGCAGCCCUACACCAGUCAGGGUAAGGACGAGAUCGGGUUUGAGAAAGGAGUAACCGUGGAGGUCAUUCAGAAGAACCUGGAAGGAUGGUGGUAUAUCAGGUACUUGGGCAAGGAGGGCUGGGCCCCGGCUUCAUACCUGAAGAAGCUGAAGGACGACCUGUCCCCGAGGAAGAAGACCCUGACUGGCCCUGUGGAGAUCAUAGGGAACAUCAUGGAGAUUAGCAAUCUACUCAACAAGAAAGCUGUCAGCGAGAAGGACGUGCAGACGGACGGAGAGGCCACCACACCAGAUCGUCACAUCUCCAAGAGCGAAAUCAGUCUUCCCAUGCCAUGUGCCCCUGAAGCAGACCAGGCUUCAAUGACAGCUAGUAGUGCCCCAAAGGCAGGCUUACAGCCUGCAUGUAGUGCCACCUUACAAGACACUAAGCCAAAGGCAGAGCCGGGCUCGCCUGCUAUAGCAAGAGUGGCGCCACACCGAGUGGAGAUCGGCUUUGACGCUAUAGGAUCUCCAAACCUCAGACAGAAACCUCCCCCUCGACGAGAUACAAAUCUGGGAUUCCAGCUGCCAAAGCCUCCAGAGCCCCCUACUGUGGAAACGGAGUACUACACCAUUGCAGAGUUUCAGUCCUGCAUCUCAGAUGGCAUCAGCUUCCGUGGAGGACAAAAGGCUGAUGUAAUAGAGAAGAACUCUGGUGGGUGGUGGUACGUCCAGAUUGGGGACAUGGAGGGUUGGGCACCUUGUUCCUACAUUGACAAGCGCAAGAAGCCUAACUUAAGCAGGAGAACUAGCACACUCACUCGGCCCAAAGUGCCACCCCCAGCACCACCUGUCAAAAAACAGGACUCCGAGGACACAUCUUGCCCCAGUGCUUCUGCUUCCAAAGCUCCAGAAUCCCCCAGUAGACCUGUAUAUGAGGAGCCAGAGUAUGACAUUCCUGCUAUUGGAUGUGAUCUGGAAGUGGACACAAGCAUUAUAAAAAAGGAGCCUCGUCCUGUGCUUAUAAAAAGCAGUAAAGCUGCCGCUGAAAGAAUCGCUCAGGCUACAGGUAAAGCCUCACCUCUUUUUACUGUGAAGACUUCCCCCUUAAGGAAUGAACACGCAGUGGAAGAAGUCACCAGAGAGGAGGCAAUUUAUGAGAAUGAUGGCUUUAGGUAUUCCUCUGAUGACUUUGCCUCUGCUAGAGAAUCAAGUGCUGUGGGUUCAGAAUCCCCAAGAAGUCGUACUUUGGGCCGCAAACCCCUGGGGUCUUCAUCUGGGGGAGGAAAAUCUUUUAGGGACCCUCCAGAUCUGCGCACUCAGUCACUAACCCGUGGUGAGAAGACCAGCCCAAGAUUGUCUUCAGAUGAAUCUGGCCGAAAUCCCAAAAGAGAGCCAGUUUUACGCAAGGAUGUGGAACUCCGGAUUGGUCAGAGCCCCUCAACUCGUCCCAAGCCAGUGGUCCGACCCAAGCCCCUAUUGACCAAGUCUGAAACACAGAGCCCAGAGAGGAUGGAUAUUAGUAGCUUGCGGCGGCAGUUGCGUCCUGCAGGAAUUCGACAUGGGAUGGUCCGUGCACGUGGCGGAGAAGACUCUGAGACCGCAUCAGUGGUGUCAUCAGAGGAUUCGGUAACCUCCCGUAGCACUUCAGACCUCUCCAGCACCUAUUCUAAGGGCAGCAGAGGGGACUCUGAUUAUGAGGGUGCCUUGUACCGUACUACAGACGCGUAUGAGCGGGCACAAGAAUCUGAGCUCAGCUUUCCUGCUGGUGUGGAAGUGGAGGUACUGGAAAAGCAGGAAAGUGGCUGGUGGUAUGUCCGCUGGGGUGUAGAUGAGGGUUGGGUGCCUACAUUCUACCUAGAGCCUAUUAGGCAACCUUCAGAUGCAGGUGUCUCAGAGUCUCAUGAAGGAUCCCUGGCAGAGCUGAGCAACACCAGCAAGUCAAAUAGCUUAGAAAAGAACGAGCAACGUGUCCAGGCUCUCAAUAACCUAAAUCAGCAGAAUCUACGUCGGGCAACAAAUCCCAGCCCUCCUAUUCCCAAUAAGCCACCUGGUGGCUUUGGUAAGCCAUCCCCCCAGCUCAACGGUUCAGGUGUACGAAUGCGGAAUGGUGUUCGUCAGGCAGCUGUGCGACCACAGUCAGUUUUUGUGUCCCCACCACAGCCUGUGAAGGACACCAAUUUAUACACAGGGUCCUUAAGGCGCAAUGAAUCACUAGGUGCCAGCGAUCACAUGAGAUCUAGUGGUGGUGUGCGCCGAAACUCCUCCUUCAGUGCUGUGCGGCCACAGCCUGUUAGCGAUGUAAGGAUGAGGACUGGAACCACCACAGUUGCACCAGCAGGAAGCUGUAGCCCCUUGAUUGCCCAGAGAAAUGGAAUUCCAGUCUCUACAGUGAAGCCCAAACCCAUAGAGAAGACGCAUCUCAUUCAUAACAACCUAAGGGAAGUCUAUGUCUCAAUUGCAGAUUAUCGUGGAGACGAGGAGACUAUGGGCUUCCCUGAAGGCACCAGUCUGGAGGUUCUAGAAAAGAACCCUAAUGGAUGGUGGUACUGCCAAGUUCUAGAUGGCCUACAAGGAAGGAAAGGCUGGGUGCCAUCCAACUACCUUGAAAGAAAGAAAUAGCACCAACUCACCUCCCCAAAGAAUGUUGCUUAAAUUUAAAUGUACAUUUGCUAUCAAACUCUAUGAGGAGGAGGGUUUUUUUUUGUAUCAAUAUGAGACACUUUAGUGCUGGUUUACUUAAAAGUACAUAAGACUCCUAAAGAUGAUCAGUUAUGUGUAAGUGGAGUACGCAAGUAAGAAAAUGGCAACAAGCAAAACUGGGCUAUCCCAGUAUCUUAAGCAUCAUUGGAGGAUAAUGUCUCCAGUUUGAAAGAAGAAGAACCGAAAUGGUUUUGAUAGAAUGGUAGAUCCAGGCAAAUGUUGAGAGAAAUUUUAUGCCAAAUGGGUGCCUUUGUCCAUCAUUGACUGAAUGUUAAACGGAAUAAUUUAAACACCAGUGAAUCAGUAUAAGUACCAAACUUCAACUUGGUGCCAUAGGCCUAUGAGCACAGAAAUCAACCAAAACUAUUUUUGCUACAAAAUUACUGAAAAAAAAGAGAAAUUGAGAGAUUUCAGUAUGGGAGUAACACACAAAACGAGUGAGCACUCAAAAACAAGAAUGUAAGACAUCAGAUACGCAAAUAACAAAUGGUCUUUACCGUUGAGUGCAUUUAAAGAUUACAUUUGAUUUUCAUCUUUUUUUUUUUUAACUUUUGUUCAGUUUUUAAUUUUUAAAUUGCUUUAUCGUAUCUUGUGCAUUUUCAUGUCUUCCUUAGAGAUGUAUUUCUGCUUUCUUGUGACAUCCCUGCAACUCUAUCGGCCUGGAAAAAAAAAAAAAAGCCCCUCAACGAGAUACUUGUCAUGUGAUCUUUCAUUUGUUCUGAUGUGUCUCUGAUGAGGGUUUCGUAAUUGGCUUUACGUGUUUUUUUUUUUUGUUUUUGUUUUUUUGUUUUGGCUGUCCAUUUCCCUUGACCCCUUUCCUUACCUACAAAGCCCAGCCAGCAUGAAUAAAGGUCACUGAUUCAUUAAAGAAAAAGAUGUGGUGCAGUUAUGUGUAACUCAGAUCGACAGGAAAUUAGAUACUCUGAUAAGUUGGACUUUAAUCCUUUUUACCCACCUUAUAUCUGGGUAUCAAGCCCAGACAGAGUUUAGUUUACAAAAUUGCACAAAACAGGUUAUGUUGCUGCUCUAGGUCUACUAUAUUUACUGGUUGAAAAUUUUCAUACUGGAAUAUAUGGCUUCAUAUUCUCCAAUCUAUCCCAGGGAAUUAGUUACGUAGAAAUGAGCCCAAAAUGUGAUCAAACGAAAGCAAAAUGCCAACACGUUUGCUAGUUUGUUUUGUUUUAUUUUAGUAUUUAUUUUGUGGUUACAAAGAACUUCGGUGUCGUCAGCGAACCCAAACGAGGUUUUAGAACUGAGCAAAAAUAGAUAUUUAAUUACUAUAUCUGGAAACACUUGAUUUUUUUUUCUUUACCCACAAAAAGCACAUUGAUAUGCAAGGUUAAUUUCAACAUAUAACGAUAUUGCUGGGCAGUAUUGGAUUCCAAGUUGAAGUUACACAGCAAGCAGUUCAGCGCAAUUAAAAACAAAUUGUACUGUCUUUGAUUAGAAAGAAACGGACGUACAAUUAAAAUUUCAUCGAUACAGCUUGAAUUAUCGUUAUUUCCAAAAUGAUUGGUUUGUUUACUCCAACAAAAUGUUUUACGCCCCCCCUCUUUGACGGACCCUGAUUUAAAAAUAAAUGUAUGAUCCAUGUCAAAAGGCUGAUGUUCAAGACUGCUGAAAUAUUUUUCUAACGAACAGUGCCGUGUGAACUCUUAGUCGGGUCAAGCACUAAUGUUUUUUUGUGUAGUUUCUCUGCUGGACAGUAUUAUAGUAUUAAACAAAGUUAAGUACCUGCUAGAUUGCAGUUGUAUUCUAUUAAGCAGUAGUUUGUUUGUUUGUUUGUUUGUUUGUUUGUUUGUUUGUUUGUUUGUUUUUCUUUCUUUUGUUCUUGUUGUGUGAUCGCACUAGGACAAUAAUGAUGAAUGGAGUGGCUCAUUUGUUGUGAGAUGGUGCAUUGUUUUGGUAAAUCAAAAAUGCAUCUAUUUAAAGAUGCAGUGUACUUCAUCAGUACAUUAUUUAUUGAACAAAAAUGUUCUUUUUGUAUUUAUGAUUAUUUAACAAUUUUUUUAAAGGAAAAUAUUCAUUACCGCUUCUCAUUUUGUGCUCAGUGCUCUUGCCACUGCAUAAAGACUCCUCAGUGGCGUCCUCUAGUGAAACAGAUUGGCUACUGCUAUAUUCUGGUUAUAUUUUUGUACUGCCAUUGAUCUGAGGCCAGCUGGCAUUUUUUUUCCCCACUGUUUUUAAAUAUAAAAGCAGCUGAACAUUUAUUCAUAUAGAAUUUAUUUUCCCGACACCUUUUUUUCAAAAGCUGAUUGCUGCACCUUUAGCAACUAUGGACACUUCCUCUCUCAUUAUUGGACUUUCUAUAAUGCCAGAUAUUGCUUUUGUGUCGCCCCUAUAUGCUAUUUCUUUAAUAUGAAAGUUACAAUUGGGGGGGAAAUAAAAACACAAAACGAAACGUGCAAUUACGCCAAUGACAAAAUGAUCAAAUUUACCAUGUGAAGUAGUUUUCAGAUGAGUCGAUUCAGUCAGAAUGUAGAUAAUUUAUUUUGCUCGUGAUAUGAAUAUUACUUGUAUGUCAUAGAGGCUUGGUAAUUUGGAAAAUAAGAGGUUUAAUUUAAUUCAGUUUCAUCCCCCGCCCCCGCUCCCCACCCCGACGAAGGCAUUAUAGAAACGUGUCGACUCACUCCAACACUUUGAAUGGAUAUUUCUUCUGUCAAGUAAAUUCCAUUUACAUUUUGCGCUUCGUUUUGUUUGCAUCAACAAUUUACAAGGGAAAUAUUACUUCACGCUAGGCCUUUUUUUUUUUUUUUUGUAUUAUAUAAUUGUGUAUCAUCUAUCGUUUAUGUUCUGUCUUCCUUUUUUAUAUCUGUAUUUUUAUUGUGGUUUAUUAUUUCCUUUAUCCCGCCCCAUGUGUUUUUUAUGACACAAAUGUAAUGAGGAAAUGUGCAAUAGAAUAAUCGGCAUCUCACCAAAAACAAGGAACUGUCAGAGGUUUUUUGAUACUGGAUCAAGACCCUUACUUUUUGAAAUGUCAGCUUUUCACAUCAAAUCAAAUGAACAUCUGUCGACCGUCAUCCUCGUUCCACAUUUUCCAGUUGGAGAUUCUGAAUGUCCCAAUACGCAGGACACAUGGAUAUCGGUGCCUGACUUCAUAGCAGGACUCUUUGACCCAAACCUUUUUUUUGUGUUGCCACCAUUUAUGUUGUUGUAUUGCCACAAGACCACACCAAGCGAUAAUGCCCCUUUCUUCUGCCAGUGGGAUAAAAUUUGAAGCGGAGGACAUUGGAGUCUUCCUCCUUCACACUGCCAGUGUUUUUAUGUUCCUGUCCAUCCCACUGGCUUGUACCCUUAUGUCGAACUUUAAAGCAGGACCUUGUGACCAGCCGUAGCUUCCAUUCACGCUGUACCUCUACAACCAGUCAGAACAGGGAUUCUCCUAACCUCGUCACUAACCUUAAGACGUCAUAAAGCAUUCCGUUGUUGAAUGUGGUUUUUUUUUUUCUCCAAUUUACAAAGUCCCUGUGAGACUCUUAUCAGCAUUGUUUGAAUGUACGUAACAAGGCCACUUUAAUACAAGAGAGUACACUCUCAGGAAGGAAGAAAGAUAGGAAAUUGUACUUUUGGACAUAUAUUUUGUACCUUUAGUUUGUAUCCUUUACCUGGGAAUGCUGUUUAAAGCUGGCCAAUCAAUAAGAUCCGAAUAUACACCGUAAAUCGUUUUUAAACAUAAACUAUACUCAUGUUUCCAAGGGAAAGGUGCGUACUAAAGGUAGAAAAUAUACUCCCUUGAUGAUCCCACCCCAACACCAAGGAAAAGUACAGUGUGUUCCGUUUGUUUCUGAGGGUAUCGAUUAACUGGAUCAAAGAUACAGGAAAUCCAGCAGCUCUUUUUGAGACAGUUUUAUCCAUGGCUUGAAGUGGAGGAUUUCAGAGGCCUUUUGAUCUUUCGGAUGUUCUCAUUCUCACAAGGGAAGUCACGCAUGACAGCCCGAGCCUUUGCAUUUCCAAAAGUCGGCCGAGUGAAACAACUGAUGCAGCACGGCAUUUUGCGCUCACUCGUCUUGCUGGCUGUUUUUCUUUGCUGUUCACUUCACUCUUGGAAAAAAAAUGGAUGCAUCCUAAAAGGUUCUUGUCCUUCAGGGGAACCUUGAAAGCUUCUAUGCAGCAAGCUAGAAGAAAUGAUAGAAUUCCUUCAUAAAACUUGCAACUAUCCAAAGAACUUCUGAGGAGGCGUUGUUUCCUAUGAAUGUACGCAGCAUUACAUUUAACAGUUAUUCCACGAAAUCGAGUCGUACAUGAGCUGAUAUCCGACGAGGCGCGUAGCACCGAGUCGGCUAUAAGCCGUGUACGACGAGAUUGAGUGGAACGACUGUUUUAUUCUAUCCACAUUCACUGGCUUUUGAGAAACAGAGCAUUUUUAUUUUUUGCAAACUCAAUAAAUAAAAACUUUAUACAGAACGUCCGACAAAAUCAUUUCCGCUUAGAAACCGGCGAAAUGACGGCGACAAUUUGUGAAAAAUACUUCGAUAAUAAUAAUUCUUGAACAAACAAAAAUCUUCUGACCAUCAAAUACUUUUAUUCCAUAUUUUGUUGGGUUUUUUUUUGUAUUUUUGUUUUCAAGUAGAGUUUUUAGUUCGUCCUCGGUUGGUUCAGCAACACGCGCCGCCGUUUUGUUUUUCUCUACUCACGGUAUAUGAGCUGAUAUCCUCGUAGUAGAGUAGCCAAUCAGAGUGCACGAUUGCUCAUAUCCAGUGAAUGUAGAUAGAACAAUUUACAUUGUUCCUCUGCUGGGUUCCGCGACCUAAUCUGAGACAGAUAUCUGAUUAGCCCAUUAGUUACAAUUACAAGAAUGGACGCUUUUUAUUUUUUUAUGCUCUCCAAUAGUGUUUCAAAAUCCUCCUUGCCUCUGAUCAGUCGCUAUUUGUCCCAUCUGAAUAUAAACCAGUGCUCGAGAGCUCAUUUUCAGCCUUUGUUUCAAGCAUGGGAUAAAUCCUGAAUGGCAGGGUUUGUAAGAGAGAGAGUGAGAGAGAGAGAGAGAGAGAGAGAGAGAGAGAGAGUGUGUGUGUCUGUAUGAACGUGUGGAGAUGGUUUGCAUGUUGGUAGGAUUUAUGAGAAGGUGGAAAGAGAAAGUUGAUCGAUGGAUGGUGUUAGUUAGUUUAGGAGGUGGUUUGGGCUCAGUCAGGUUCUAUGAAAUCAAGUUGGACAGCAGUGAUGUACCUGUUCGAAUGCAACCGCUUGAAUUGUAGCCCUGAAGACAUGAAAUCUGACAGGUGUCGGGGAAGAAGUGCAGGAAACAGAUGACCGGGCCUCAGAGAUAAUUAACGGUCAGUCUGAGGACUGUGUAGCUCUGUGAAUCAUUUAUAGCUGAGCCGGGAAGCGCUGACACUUCGUCUGAGGUUUUAGUAAAAGCUCUGGUCGGUGAAGCUUUGCCUCAGGCCUGCAUUUCUGAAAACACAGCUUAUUGCUAGUGCUUUGAUAGAUGAUUGCGUUUGGCGUCAGGGCCUUUUGGUAUUCCGCACGGAUCGACCGUGGGCGGCCUUCAUUACAAAGCAGACGUUUGGAGCACUGUGGGCACCGAGCGCUGCUGUGAAAUCACAUUAGCCAAGCAGCCAGUUAAUUACAGCUCUUUGGGGGUUGCAUCCUGAAUCCCAAUGACCGCUAACUGAGGAAAUCGAGCAGUGCACACGGAUUAAUGAUGCGUCAUUCUCAUCCGACACGUGUCCGAUUCAGAGUCGCUAUAACGUGAUCGCUGACUCGACCUGACUUGAAAGACCUUUUUGGCAAGGAGCUGAUAGAGAAAGCUAGCUGUAUGUGUGUUCUGUUGAGACGUAUGAAGUGUUUCUGAGGAGUUUAUGUACGUGUUCGUUUCGUGUUUGGGGUUUAUCCUGCGUUGUUGAUGCGAUAGAGCUGGAUCCAGAGUGGCAGGGGGCUGUGUUUUUCGUGUCGUCGUCUUGAUGAGAAGCAGCGAGGAAUGGCGAACACGCUGGGUCUGUCUAAUGUCUCGCCGCUUGCUGUCUCUGUCGCUGUUUGACUCCUCGCUCUAAUUAUCAUUUCUCUUGAAUUAAUUAACAGACAAGGAAAUAACGGCAUGCUGUGGCAGACAAAGACUCACUCGAAAGCCAUCGACCGCUGUGUGUUGCAUCGAGUCUCACUCUGCCGACAGUAAACAUGCCAUCAAGAGCUGGGUUUAUCAGCAGGGGGGCUUUUAAUAACCUGCCCUCAGGAUCAGGUCUCUGUCAGAUAUAUACUCUUCUUCUCCUACAAUAAUCUAAUUGGAUCUUCAGUACAUUUUUGAAAGCAGGUGGUCUACAGCUUUACUGUUUUUUUUUUUUUUUUCCAGCAAUGUUUUGUUGUUUUAUCUAUUUUGUAUUUUGUUCAUGUUUACAUUGUAUCCUGCAUUGCCCUAAAAGAAAAAAAAACACAAUAAAAUAUAUCAUUCUUCUUCUUUCCUCUCAC